GUCAUCUGCGAGCUCUCCAGGCGCUUGGUCCCCGCUGGCCACAGCGGGAUGGGCCUGAGUCCGACCGCCAGCGGGGAGUACGGGAUCCGCCUCUCCAGGGUCCCAUGGCCGCGCCCCAAGUCCAUCUCGAGAACCUCCAGUACCGGCUCAAGUGACACCCAAUCUGCAACUGGACAGUUAGCCGUACCCCACUCAGAGUCAGCAAGAUCUCAAGCACUAUUGGUCCAGCUCCUGCCGAAGCGGCUCAGGCAAAGCUUCAAGUUAGAACAGGCCAGAAGCUGGCCGUGCGGAGAGAAGUCGCUAAUUAACGUGGAGAUCACACCCAGCAAGAAGAGAACAGAGUUGGUUCCAAUGCCCAAGUUGGAGAUCGAAGGCAAGCUGAAACAUCCAGCAGCCGAGGACAAACCAAGACCCAGACCCGGAGACCUCAUUGAGAUUUUUCGAAUUGGCUAUGAACAUUGGGCCAUCUACGUAGAAGAUGAUUGUGUGGUCCACCUGGCUCCCCCAAGUGAGGAGUUUGAGGUGGGCAGCAUCACUUCUAUCUUCAGCAACCGUGCUGUGGUGAAGUAUAGCCGACUGGAGGACGUGCUGCAUGGCUGCUCUUGGAAGAUCAACAACAAGCUGGAUGGGACAUACCUGCCCCUCCCCGUGGACAAGAUCAUCCAGCGCACAAAAAACAUGAUCAACAAGAUAGUGCAGUAUAGCCUGAUUGAGGGGAACUGUGAGCACUUUGUCAAUGACCUGAGAUACGGUGUGCCCAGGAGCCAACAGGUGGAGCAUGCCCUGGUGGAGGGAGCGAAGGCUGCAGGUGCUGUCAUCUCUGCAGUGGUGGAUAGCAUAAGACCCAAAUCUAUAACUGCUUGAAGCUGCUGCGGAUUCCGAGCGCAGGAAGGGCCACUGACAGCGGCAGAGCAAACGUGCGCCUUUCUUCCCGUUCGCCUUCCUCGCUCAGUGGCCCUGUUUAAGAAGACUAUGAAUAUUCGAAACAUGUAAGUCCACUGAUCUCCACUGUGUGAAUGAAAUAGUGAUUUUGAUGGAAGACCUGAAAUUGUUCCUGUGGAUUUUACUCUGUGGAGAGCUGAAGUCACCCAGAAAAGCUGGAGAUGGUUUCUCCCAUGGCUCUGGAAGUGCCUGGAAAAUAUGGAGGACUUGGACAGCAUGCAUCCACAAGACGGAGCCCUCAGUGUGUUCCAGAGAGCUUUCGGGCUGCUUGCUCAGGGGCCUUUCUCCUGUCGGAAGGGAACAGACACAAUGGAACACUUUGGUGUUUGUCCUCCAUCGCUUUCUCAGCAACCCAAACUUGAUACCACAGGAGCCCGGGCUUGUUUCUUUCCCAUCAGCCUGUGUACUGUACAUGGCCACCGUGGACACUUGUAGUCAGGCAAGCCCUCACUUCUGCGCAUCAUGACCAGUCCCCCACGCUUCCCUAACACCCGGAAGAUCAGUUGGGCUCCCAGUAGUUCUCCUUUUAGUCUCUUACUCAUGGUAGUAUCUGUGUUGGGACUUCCUUCGAAACAGAAGCUAAGCACCAGGCCUCUGCAAGCACACCGCCUUUAGCUUUAAACACGGUCACGUUUUAGUGGACUCCUUAACAAUGCUGAACUCUCGGACCACAUCGAUGUCUGAUAAGCAAACAGGGAUUUCGUCGAUUUAAAAACAGCUCUCCUACCAUAAAGUGUUUAGUGACUCUAAUAAGUGAACUCGCCCACCUCUUGCUCACUGCUCUGGCUCUCUGGUGUGAACUCCACGGGCAAAGCACAUCAUCAAUUAUGUUCCCUCAUCUAUUAAAAAGAACACAUUUUGAGAGUGUGACAAAUUCCACGUGCUAGCUACUUUUGUAUUUGUCAGCCUAUAAGCAGUGGUUCAGGGCCCCCGGGUGCCAGACCACUGACAUUCUGAGUCGGGAGGAUGAAGACACACGGGGCCAUAGACCACUUUCUGGACAGCAGUCCCUUCUACUUCCAAGCUGUCUGUAAGGCCAUGAGCUCUGGGAUUCACACCUCACACCUUCAAGACGAGGAGGUGAGACUUUAUUAAAGCUUUUUGUAAGAAACAAAAAAACCUUGUAAAAAAACCCUUGUAGCAGUUUUUGCAUUGUAGACUAGAAAUUGAAAUCCCUGCUUUGAGGAGACCUGUCAUGUCACCGCUCUGAGUGGGAAUGUGUCCCCUGUUGGUGGUAGGAGGCCAAGGGAAGGGGGAGAGAGAAGGGGAGGCCUGAGGGAAAGUGACCUGAAUGGGAAUGUUUCUAAGAUCCAACAUUGGAAGGUGAGGUGGGCCCAGUGGAGGGGCUGCUUUACCUGGCAUGUCCCGUGACAAGUCACAGACGUGGGAUACGCACUCGUGGUUAGGGAGGUGAGGUGAGGUGGGCCCAGUGGAGGGGCUGGUUCACCUGGCAUGUCCCGUGACAAAUCACAGACAUGGGAUACGCACUCAUGGUUAGGGAGGAGCAGUAUCAGUGACGCAUGAGUCAGCAGAUGCUGCAAUCUGAAUGUUUUACCUGUUGAUAGCCUGACUUCAGGAUGUCGCAGAGCUAUAUAGUCAUGGGAAGAUGUGGGAGAAUGGUAGUGAAGAACAUGUCAGCCAUGCGUGUGUGUGUGUGUGUGUG